AGCGAGCGCUACCUGGCAGUUAGGCCCCAAGGUUGAGAGCCCCACGGCGGGCCCGCCUAGCUCCCUGGCCUCCCUGGCCGGGCGAGGGUGGGGCUUUUGUCUGUAGAGUUUUAUAUUUUUCAGCUCACAUUUUAUUUUGCUUAUAGAAGAGGAAAAAAAAAAUAUAUCCCCUCCUUAAAAACAGGGGAAACUUACAAAGUGACUUGGUGUCAGUUGAGCAGGGCCCGGCUGCUUGCCUGCCCACCUCACCAGACUUCCUCACCAGGGGACACCGGAUGAUGCUCAGCUUUCCGACUAGUCCUCAGGGAGACCUCCUUGCAGUCCCUGGACUUGGGUCUUGGGGAGCUGGGGGACUCUUCUGGACCUUUUCGCACCAGUGAGGGCCGAAGUCGAGGAUUCUGGAAAAGGCAACAAAAACCCUUCACGUGGAGGCACGGGCUAUUAAAAAAAAAAAAAAGCCUGAAGUCGUUCCAAGAUGACCAAAGUGCCGGCCACCAAAAAGUUACAGAGCGUCCCCAGCAAGAAGGCCCUUUGGCCUUCUGACAUCUCGGAUCAAUCCCAGGUCGCAGACAAGACAGUGAAGAACAUUAGGUAUAUAGACAAGGAAAUAAUAAACCUCAAAAAGGAUCUUGUGCGAAGCCGCUUCCUGAUCCAGUGUGUGAAGAUAGGCCGUGGAUAUUUUACCAUACUGCGAGAGGAAAAUGCCAUGAAAAAGAGAGAACAGCAGCUCCAGAAGCUGAAGGAGGAAGAAUUAAAUAAAUUCCAACCGGCCAAGAAGUACUCAGAUAUCCAGUGCAGGGGCACUGUGAUGACUGCCUAUGAGGAUGAGAAGUUAAAGAAGAUGGAGGCCGGCAUCAUUAUGCGCCCGUUCACGCCAGUCCACAGCUGCCUCAUGGCUCCCUCCUUGCCCGACUCUCACGUGGAUGCCCUCUACCGACAGCUGUGUGCACUCCACUGGCUCCUAGAGGCCCUGACUAUCGACUAUACCCACCAUACCAUGCGGCCCUUGAUUGCCUGUUGGAACCCAAAGGACCCAGGAGGCAGCAAGAGCACCAUUAAGAAGGUUAACAAGGACAAGUCCAUGGGGCAGAGGUGGGAUCACUUCGUCACAGCGCCCAAGACCAAGAAAUUCAAAAUCCCCGCCAUUCGCGCCAGCCGCAAACCCAGCCGGCGGGGCUCCACCCUGAGUCUGACUCGGACCAGUGGGGGUUCUUCUCCCCAGAGCAGCAUGAUUUCUGUGAACCCUGGCUCUGAUGAGCCCCCAAGUGUAGCCACCGGCAGCAAAGACAUCGAAGAUACCGAGUCGUGGUCCACUAAGCAUGAUGAGGAGACCCUCCUUAACCUCCACACCAACCUGCAGAAGCUCCUGGAGAUGGUCCGGGAAGACGCCCGAAGAACAAUCAUGAACAUGGUGGACAAUGUGCAGAAGACAGCUCCCAGCCUCAUGUCUAUAGUCAAGCAAGCCAAGAGCGAUUCUGCGGUUAAGGAGUGGCAGACCACCCACAAGUCCAGUGAGAGAUCCAGCACUACAAGUGGAGAAAGCCACACCGUAGUGACCCAGAAGAAGUCAAAGGGCCGUGCUAACCGUGACAUCGUCCAUUGCAAGAGUGGAGUGUGUAGCAUUCUGCGGGCCAAGUUUUACAGCGUAGCCCAGGAGGCCGGCUUCUGCCUGCAAGACAAGCUGGAGAUCCUCAUGAAGCGCCAAGAAGAACGGGGUAUCCAGAAGUUCCACUCUUUUAUUCUUACCUCAACUUUCCAAAAGGAUUUAUCAAAGAUGAGGCACCGGGUCUCAAUGGUGAAGGGGGAUGCAGAAGAGAUUGCGGACCACUGGUACUUUGAUCUGUUGUCCAAACUCCCUGAGGAUCUGAAGAACUUCCGGCCUGCAAAAAAGAUCCUGGCAAAACUGCAGAAGUUUGGAGAGAACCUAGACCUGAGGAUCCGGCCGCAUGUCCUCCUGAAGGUGCUCCAGGACCUGCGGAUCUGGGAGCUGUGCUCCCCAGACAUUGCGGUGGCCAUUGAGUUUGUGAGAGAACACAUCAUCCAUAUGCCACAAGAGGAUUACAUCAACUGGCUACAGACCCGGGUCAACAUGCCCAUCCGGCAGUACAUCACCCCUGUAUGUACCUGAGGCCAGCCUGUGCUAUCACAUGGACACACAUCGUGGAGCAGUGAGGUCACCUGAAGACACUUCUAAAAAUAUGUUAGUCUGAGAUGAUGGUUCCAUGUGUCUCUCCCCCUCUUCCCCCACCAGGUUCCCUGUCUCUGCUCAAUGUUCAACCCUGACUCUGCCAACUCUUCCAGACUCCCUCACCAUACCCCUUUCCUAAAAAUCCUAUAUAAUAAAAUUGAGUUGGAUGUUUAACAA